CAACGCUGGCUCACUGCUGCACGAGCCCGCAUCUGGAGAAGACAGGAAGCACAUUUCUGGCAUCUGGACUGGAGUCUUCUCUGCUGCUUUUAAAGCAAGAGUUACCCGGACUCAGGUGAUGAUGACGCACCUCUGGACCUUUGUCAAAGUCCUGCUGCUGCUUUUAUCUGUGGCCGAAGCUCUGAACAGCUCAGAGGACCAUGAUAAUGAAGUCCUGAAAUACACAGAGUUGGAGCUCACAGAGAGCCAGGAGACUGAAAAUGCCAUUGGAAACCUGAGUGAAACACAAAGCAACAUACCAACAACAUCAGCAGCUCCUUUGACUACAGCAGUUUCCCUUAGCUCCAUUCCUGCUCCUAGAUGUCCAGGAAACCAGAUGAUGCUCGAGAACAGCACGCACUGCAGCUGUCCAAAUGGCAUGGUGAAGGAUGGAGACAACUGUACCUGUCCUGUGGGCUUCACCCUGGAGGGAGCUGCACGAUGUGAAGAUGUUGACGAGUGUGAAGGAGAGCAGCCUGGACCAUGCAGUCUCCACGCCAGCUGCACUAAUACCCGUGGCUCUUACUCCUGUAGCUGUCUCCGUGGUUACCUUAUGGGUGCUGGAGGAUGUCAGGAUGUAGAUGAGUGUGCUCUGGCUGAAGUGACGGGCCUACAAGCCUGUCAAGGGGAUGCAGAGUGCACAAACACCCCUGGAUCCUUCAUAUGCUCCUGUCCUCGUGGAUAUGUAAUGGCUCUUAAUGGACGAAGCUGUGUGGAUGUGGAUGAGUGCACCUUCGAGGAGCAGUGCCGUCGUGAGCUGGGAAACGUGUGUGUAAACACUCCAGGAAGCUUUGUGUGUCAGUGCCAGCCAGGCUUCAGAGCAGAAGCCCCCGCCUGUAUUGAUGUAGAUGAAUGCGCUGAGAGUCCUGAGGUGUGUGAUGGUCAGGGUGUGUGUGAAAACACGCUUGGGAGCUACAAGUGUGUUUGCCGACCGGGUUACCGCGGAAACGGCACACACUGCGAGGAUGAGAACGAGUGUGCAUCCGGUAAUCACGGCUGUGACACAAACGCUCGCUGUGGCAACAUCAUUGGCUCGUAUUUCUGCCAGUGCUACCACGGCUUCAAUGGAGAUGGCCACUCUUGUUUUGACAUCGAUGAGUGCACUCUGAACAACGGCCACUGUGCACACAACUGCUCCAAUGAACAAGGAGGGUACAGCUGCCAGUGUAGCGCAGGCUUUCAGCUGGACAAGGAUGGACACAACUGCACAGAUGUGGACGAGUGUUUGGCACCAAACAGGACCUGUGAGCACAUUUGCAUGAACACUCAGGGAUCAUUUCAGUGCUCCUGCAGGCCCGGCUACCAGCUGCACAUCGAUGGUCACACCUGUGUGGACAUUGACGAAUGUAAACUCCAGAAUGGCGGCUGCUCUCACACCUGCAGCAACUCUCCAGGAGGACACACAUGCCACUGCCCUCCUCCUCUGCUGCUCGACACAGACAACCUGACCUGCAGCAAUGUGACAUCCUGCAACCUCAGAAAUGGUGGUUGUGACCAUGUAUGUACGGUGCAGGCUGAGGGACACGUCCAGUGUAGCUGUCAAAAAGGCUGGAAGUUGGGCGAGGACCAAAGGAGCUGUGUGGAUGUAAACGAGUGUGACAGCUUCACAAAUGGUGGCUGUGAGCAGCUCUGUUUGAACCAUCCAGGCGAAUUCAACUGCUCCUGCAGAGCGGGGUAUCAACCACGAACUGAUGACCUCACCAAGUGUCAGCCUGUGUGUGACCCUCCCUGUCAAAACUAUGGCCUGUGUGUGGCCCCAAACAGCUGUGACUGUCCUCCAGGUUACCCUGGACUUGGUUGCUCAGCUAUGUGCUCCCCGCCCUGUGCUCAUGGAGGUACCUGUAUGCGCUGGAACAGGUGCCUGUGUCCCUCAGGCUGGACUGGAGCAGGCUGCCACACAGCGGUUUGUGAGCUGCCUUGUGCAAACGGCGGACGCUGUGUGGGGCCAAAUACCUGCCAGUGUCCCUCUGACUACACCGGCCCCCAGUGCCUCCUGCCUCUGUGCACUCCUGCCUGUCAAAAUGGGGGGAGAUGCGUGGAUGUCAACAAAUGCACGUGUGUUGGUGGAUGGCAAGGUGCUCGUUGCCAGAUAGAACCUGUGGUAUGUCACAAACCUUGUAAGAACGGUGGAGUUUGUGUGGGCCUAAACAGGUGCCAGUGUGCUAAAGGAUUUACUGGAGGCCAGUGUGAAACAGCUGUGACCACCCCCUGUGUACCACCCUGCCAACAUGGGGCCACCUGCAGUCCUCACAACACCUGUACUUGUCCUGAGGGCACUGCAGGCCUGCGCUGUGAGAAACUGACUUGCCCUGUGGUGACCACUGUGGUCAGUAUGGCUCGAGCUGUAAGAAAGGCUUUUAGGGAAAGUUAUGUGGACAGGUGUGGCCCCCUUGGAGUUCAGCUCUGCACUAAAUACAGGAUAAACCAGGCACGUGUGUACCUCCAGGCCUACAGGGUUGGCUACAAAAUCCAGUGUCAACAGAAGAAGGGCAGAUAAACAAUAUGUUACUUGCUGAGAGCAAACAUCAGCCAACAGAUAACAAUCAAGCAACAUCAUGAGGCUUGGCACAACCAAAUGACAAUCUUCACAUGCACUCUCAGCAGUCUCUAUAUAUUUGAAAAAGUGUUACUGCUCCUCUAAGUUCCUUUGCCUCUAGCAUGUUUGAUGAUCUAGGAUAAAUGAUGUUUGAAUCUUUUUUUACACUCAAAAUAUUUUUAACAAUGUAAUUUAAAUACUUCAAAGUAUAGAACAUGUUUGGUUUCAUUAUUGGUCAUUUUGUGUG